UGCUAGUGGGAUUAUCCAUGAAUGUGCAAAUCUGAUAUCGGAGUUGGAAGAAGUGGUGAUUAGAAUGGUUUACGAAAGCUAUGGGGUAGAGAAGCUGAAGUGUGAUUCUCACCUAGAUUCAAACAUGCACUUGCUUCGGUUCAACAGAUAUAUAUCGCAUGGAGUUGACGAGAAAACCGUGAGUUCUAAUGCUCAUACUGAUAAGACCUUCAUCACAAUUCUUACUGAGAAUCGAGAAAAUGGAUUGGAGGUAAAAUUGAAGGAUGGGCAAUGGAUCCCUGUUGAUUUCUUGCCUUCAUCAUUUGUUGUUAUGGCAGGAGAAGCAGCAAUGGCAUGGAGCAACAGCAGAAUACAACCUUGUUUUCAUCGAGUUUUAACGAACGCGAAUGCAAAAAGAUUGUCAUUGGGGUUGUUCUCUUUCAAUAAGGGGGUCAUACACAUCCCUCAGGAGUUGAUUAAUGAUGAACAUCCACAGCGCUUUAAGUCAUUUGAUAACCUGGGAUUGCUCGAUUUCUUUCUCGAAGAACAGCGAAUGGGCCUGCCAACUGAUUCUACCACCAAGAAAUAUUGUGGUCUUUGACUUUUGAAAUCUUUCUCAA